AUGGACCUGCUCGGGGCGACGGUGGAGGAGGUGAUGCUCGCCAACUCGGCCAUGUACGAUGACGGGCUGACGGCGCUGGCCCACGAGCUGACGCUCGAGUCGUCGCAGGUGACGCACGUCGACGUCUCGUCUAACGCCAUCACGACGGCCGGGGUGGAGGAGCUCGCUCUCGCGCUGCAUGUCAACACCUCGCUGACCAGCCUCUCGCUGCGGAACAACGAGCUCAGCGAUACGGCCGGUGAUGUCCUCGCAUCGCUGCUCGCCUCGGCUCGGACCCUCGCCUCACUCGACAUCGGGUUCAACGAGCUCGGUGAUGCGGCCAUGCACGGCGUCGCGCGCGGAGUCGCUGCUGCUCGCUCACUGGCCAAGCUCUCGCUCGCCGCCAACGGCAUCUCCGCCAUCGGCCUCGCCUAUCUCGUCGACGCGCUCAACGGCUCGCUCCUCGCCGCUGCCGGCCAGGCCUCCACCGCCCGCCUCGCCAAGUCGCCGUCAGCAACCAAGCUCCUCUCGGACGAAGCCAGUGCUGCCGCUGAUGCCGGCGAUGGCCUUUCCCAGCCCUCGGUCUAUCUCGAGUUUGCCAUGGCCACCAUGACCUCGGUCGACGUUGCCCGCGGCAUGACGCUCACCGCGCUUGAUCUGUACUGGAAUCAGGUCGGCGACAUAGGCGCCACACUCCUGGCCUCGGUCCUCUCCGGCUCGGAAGCCGGCCUCACCGCGCUCAACCUCGGGUACAACAGCAUUGGCGACGACGGCGCGGCCGCCCUCGGAAAGGCGCUAGCAUCCAACGCCACUCUCCUCGAGCUCAACCUCAAGUCGAACACCAUCGCUGAUGAUGGUGCUUCCGCCUUUGCGGCCGGCCUCGCCGCCAACAAGCGCCUCAUGCGCCUGCACCUCGACGCUAACGCCAUCACAGCCACCGGCGCCAGAGACCUUGCCGCCGGCCUCCACGCCAACGUCAACGUCAACAUGAUCACCCUAUCAGGCAAUCCGUGCGAGGCGUGUGAGGAGGUUAUGAUCGCCGUCUCGGAAGGCCUCGCCAACACAAGUGGGGCGCACCCGGAGAGUAGCUCUGCUGAUGCAGGCGUAGUCUCGACUGGCCUCCUCACAAACGCGGCCGCGCUCCGGAUGGCGACCGAAACGGCCACAGAGGCUGCACCGUCUCGGCUCCACAACCCGCUCGGGAUCCGCCUCGAGCCGUCGUCACGGUUUAUCCGCCGCACACCGCUGUUCUGUAUCGACCAGACGUCGGCAGCGCAUGCCAUCAAGCGCCACCGUGCCGAGCGCAAGUCCAAGCACCGGCGCCAGCGCCGCGAGCGCGAAGCACGUCGGGCCCUCGAGGCUGUUGCUGGCUCCGAGCACAGUUUCUGA